AUGGCGGCGGGGAACGAGUGGAUCAACGGGUACCUGGAGGCGAUCCUGGACGCUGGCGCGAGGCUGCGCGGGCAGCGGCACGGCCAGGGCGGCGCGGCGCCGCCGCUGCCGAGGCUGCCGGCGGAGGCCGGCGAUCAGGGUGCCGCGGCGUACAGCCCCACGCGAUACUUCGUGGAGGAGGUGGUGAGCCGCUUCGACGACCGGGACCUCCACAAGACGUGGACCAAGGUGGUGGCGAUGCGCAACAGCCAGGAGCGGAGCAACCGGCUGGAGAACCUGUGCUGGAGGAUCUGGCACGUCGCCAGGAAGAAGAAGCAGGUGGAAUGGGACUACUCGCGGCAGCUGUCGCUGCGGCGGCUGGAGCAGGAACAGGGCAGCCGGGAGGCCGCCGAGGAGCUCUCCGAGGGCGAGACGACCAAGGACCACCGCGCCGACGCCGCUCUGUCGGUGGCCAGGAUCGCGUCCGAGGCCCGGAUCGUGUCGGACGACGAGGACGACGACGGCACCGACGACAGGAACCUCUACAUCGUGCUCAUCAGCAUACACGGGCUCGUCCGUGGCGAGAACAUGGAGCUCGGCCGUGACUCUGACACCGGGGGCCAGGUGAAGUACGUGGUGGAGCUGGCCCGGGCGCUGGCGGCCACCGCCGGCGUGCACCGCGUCGACCUGCUGACGCGCCAGAUCUCCUGCCCGGACGUCGACUGGACCUACGGCGAGCCCGUCGAGAUGAUCACCCGCCAUGCCGACGACAGCGACGGCGGCAGCGGCGGGGCCUACAUCGUGCGCCUGCCGUGCGGGCCCCGCGACAAGUACCUCCCCAAGGAGUCCCUGUGGCCGCACAUCCCGGAGUUCGUGGACCGCGCGCUGGCGCACGUCACCAACGUCGCGCGCGCGCUCGGGGACCAGCUCCACCUCGAAGCCACCGGCGCCGGCGCGGGAUGCCCAUCCCCGCCGGUGUGGCCGUACGUGGUCCACGGGCACUACGCGGACGCCGCCGAGGUGGCGGCGCACCUGGCCAGCGCGCUCAACGUGCCCAUGGUGAUGACGGGCCACUCCCUGGGGCGGAACAAGCUGGAGCAGCUGCUGAUGCUGGGCCGGAUGCCGCGCGCCGAGAUCCAGGGCACGUACCGGAUCGCGCGCCGGGUCGAGGCCGAGGAGACCGGGCUGGACGCCGCCGAGGUGGUGGUCACCAGCACCAAGCAGGAGAUCGAGGAGCAGUGGGGGCUCUACGACGGCUUCGACCUCAUGGUGGAGCGCAAGCUCCGGGUGCGGCGACGCAGGGGCGUCAGCUGCCUCGGACGAUACAUGCCGCGGAUGGUCGUCAUCCCGCCCGGGAUGGACUUCAGCUACGUCGACACUCAGGACCUCGCCGCCGAGGGCGGCGACGCGGCCGACCUUCAGAUGAUCAUGAGCAGCCCGAAGAAGCCACUGCCUCCGAUUUGGUCGGAGGUCCUCAGGUUCUUCGCCAACCCGCACAAGCCCAUGAUCCUGGCGCUGUCAAGGCCGGACCCCAAGAAGAACGUCACCACGCUGCUCAAGGCCUACGGCGAGAGCCGACACCUCCGCGAGCUUGCAAACCUUACGCUGAUACUGGGGAACAGGGAUGACAUCGAGGAGAUGUCCGGCGGCGCCGCCACUGUUCUGACGGCAGUGCUCAAGCUCAUCGACCGCUACGACCUGUACGGCUGCGUGGCCUACCCUAAGCACCACAAGCAGACCGACGUGCCGCACAUAUACCGCCUUGCCGCCAAAACCAAGGGAGUGUUCAUUAAUCCUGCACUCGUGGAGCCAUUCGGCCUCACCCUGAUCGAGGCCGCUGCAUAUGGUCUGCCCGUGGUGGCCACCAAGAACGGCGGGCCGGUGGACAUCAUCAAGGCGCUGCACAACGGGCUGCUGGUGGACCCGCACGACGCGGCGGCGGUCACGGAGGCGCUGCUGAGCCUGCUGGCCGACAAGGCGCGGUGGGCCGAGUGCCGGCGGAACGGCCUCCGCAACAUCCACCGCUUCUCCUGGCCGCACCACUGCCGCCUCUACCUCUCCCACGUGGCCGCCAACUGCGACCACCCGGCGCCGCACCAGCUGCUCCGCGUGCCCGCCAGCCCGCGCGCCGCGGCCGCCGCCGCCGAGCGGGGGGGCACCGACUACGACUCGCUCUCGGAGUCGCUCCGCGGCCUGUCCAUCUCCAUCGACGCCUCGCACGACCUCAAGGCCGCCGGGUCCGGCGGGGACUCCGCCGCGGCGGCCAUCAUGGACGCGCUGCGCCGCCGGCGCCGCAGCUCCACCGCCGACGACCGGCCGCCGACCGCGAGGGCAGCGAUCGGGCACGCGCCGGGCCGGCGGCAGGGCCUCCUCGUCCUCGCCGUCGACUGCUACGACGGCAACGGCGCACCGGACGCGGUGGGGAUGAAGAAGGCCGUCGACCUGGCGCUGUCGGCGGCGGCCGCGGCCGGCGGGCGGCUCGGGUGCGUCCUGUCGACGGGGAUGACGAUCUCCGAGGCCGCGGACGCGCUCGGCGCCUGCGGCGCCGACCCGGUCUCCUUCGACGCGCUCAUCUGCAGCAGCGGCGCGGAGCUCUGCUACCCGUGGAGGGGGGAGGUCGCCGCGGACGAGGAGUACGCGGGGCACGUGGCGUUCCGGUGGCCCGGUGACCACGUGCGCGCGGCCGUGCCGAGGCUCGGCAAGGCCGAGGGCGCGCUGGAGGCCGACCUCGCCGUCGAUGAGGCCGCAUGCUCCGUGCACUGCCACGCCUACGCCGCCACCGGCGCGUCCAAGGUGAAGAAGGUGGACUCGAUCCGGCAGUCGCUGCGUAUGCGCGGGUUCCGGUGCAACCUCGUGUACACGCGCGCGUGCACGCGCCUCAACGUCAUCCCGCUCUCCGCGUCGCGGCCGCGCGCGCUCAGGUACCUGUCGAUACAGUGGGGCAUCGACCUGGCCAAGGUGGCCGUGCUCGUGGGCGACAAGGGCGACACCGACCGCGAGCGGCUGCUCCCCGGCCUGCACAGGACGCUGGUCCUGCCGGAGCUAGUUAGCCACGGCAGCGAGGAGCUGCGCCGCGACGAAGACGGGUUUCUGGCAGAGGACGUCGUCGCCAUGGACUCCCCGAACAUCGUCACCCUCGCCGACUACCAGGCGGCGGCCGACAUCCUCAAGGCUAUCUGA